AAAACCUGAGGUAAGGCAAGACAGACCUUCGACUCGCCGGGUACAAGGGAUAAGGGGUCGGGUCCAAUUGUUCUCCAUCAAGUCUUCUCCUUUCACCAUCACUAUGUCUCUCCGGGUGCUUGUGGGCGUCAAGAGAGUGAUUGACUAUGCCGUGAAGAUUCGGGUGCGGCCAGACAAGCUAGGGGUGGUGACGGAUGGCGUGAAGCACUCCAUGAACCCUUUCGAUGAGAUAGCCAUCGAGGAGGCCGUGCGACUCAAGGAGAAGAAGAUAGCAAAGGAGGUGGUGGCCAUAUCGUGUGGCCCAACCCAGGCACAGGAGACCAUUCGCACAGCUCUGGCCAUGGGGGCUGACAGAGGCAUCCAUGUGGAGAUUCCAGCCAAGGAGGUGGAGAAACUAGAGCCAUUGCAUGUUGCCAAAAUCAUGGCUAAGCUGGUGGAGCAGGAGAAGGCCGACUUGGUUGUGCUUGGUAAACAGGCUAUUGAUGAUGACUCCAAUGCCACUGCCCAGAUGACAGCUGCCUUGCUUGACUGGCCUCAAGCAACCUUUGCUUCCAAGAUUGAGAAGACUGAUGGUGAGCUGCAGGUGACAAGAGAGGUGGAUGGAGGGCUGGAAAUAAUCAAAGUGAAGUUGCCAGCUGUGGUCUCUGCUGAUCUCCGCCUCAAUGAGCCCCGAUAUGCCACCUUGCCCAACAUCAUGAAAGCUAAGAAGAAGAAGAUUGCGAAGAUGAAGGCUGCUGACCUUGGAGUGGAUACAUCUCCUCACUUUGAAGUGUUGGAUGUGGCUGAUCCACCUGUGAGAGAGGCUGGCAUCAAAGUGGAGGAUGUGGACACUCUUGUUACAAAGUUGAAGGAUGCUGGGCGCAUUUAGCACAGUUGAUUAUGGACGUACAGUGUGACUGUGGUUGGAGGAAUCACAACACUCCUGUACACCUUCUGCCAAUCAAUGCAACAUACAUAUUUUCUUUGUGGGCAAGCUAUCCUUCACAAAUAUGCUGUUCUUCAGAGAUUUCUCUAAUACACAAUCUGUAUUUAUAUUUUCUUGUAUAAAACAUUCUAUAGAGACAGGUUUAAUAAAAUAUAUAAAAUGAA